UAUUCUCGAUAAUAUUGAAAGAAGUUUCAAAAAUCUACUGAUUAAGAAAAGUGAAUAAAUUUCAAACGUCAAGAUGGGUAAAGGGUUUAACAAUUACAUGUGCAAAAAAUUCUUCCAUCCCGCUUCUAGAGACAAUCUAAAACGGGUUUGGAUGGCUGAGCAGCAGGCUGAGGCGUAUAAGAAAAAACAAGAGGAAUUACGCCAACAAUAUGAGAAGGAACAAAAUCUACACGAAAAUAAGGCAAUGUUAAGCAAGGAAAGCAAAGAUAAGCUCAGUGUUAAUUUCAUGUAUGAACCACCGCCGGGCGUACGUAAGGAGAACGAUCGGAAAGACGAAAACGAGCCAGAAUACAAGUUUGAAUGGCAGCGUCAGUACAAUGCGCCACGUGAGUCGUACUGUAAGGGGGACACAGAGAUACGUGACCAACCGUUUGGCAUACAAGUACGCAAUGUGCGCUGUAUAAAAUGCCACAAGUGGGGUCACAUUAACACGGAUAAAGAGUGCACGAUGUACAGCGUAUCGAUGAGUGAAGCGCGUAAGAUACAUUCAGAAGCUGAAGCUAAUAAUAUAAUGUCUAAGAAUGCGUUGGAAGAGCAAAUGAGAGAGGAUGGCUUAAUAAUGAGACGCACUGCAAAGGAGCUACAAAAUAUUCCCCAAAUGAACUCCCAUCACAACUUGGUGCCAAGUAGCGAUGACGAUAUCAAUGAAAAUGAGGAGGGAGCUGCCGAGGUUGCGUUCUUGAAAUCUCUGACAAAAAAGCAAAAAAUAAAGUUAUUAAAAAAGUUGGAGAAAAUUGAAAAAUUAAAAAAUAAACACAAACGCGGUUUAAACAAGAAGAAAACCCGAAAAUCAAAGAAGCGUAAAAAUAAUAAAUCUUCAGGAUCUGAUAGUGACUCAACUGAGUAUAGCGAUAGGCUCAAAAGCAAAAAGAAAGCAAAAAAGUCUAAGAAAGCCAAGCGUAAGCGAAGAGCGUCUACAAGUCCGUCAUCUGCAACAUCAGAAGAAUCAUGUACCUCAACUGAUUCUGAUAGUGAUGCGGAAGAGAACGAUGAUAGUAUGGAGAAAGUAAAUGGUCACAGCAAUAAACAAAAACAUUCAUUAUCUGCAGAUAAAAAUGGGCUCGAAUGUGAGAGAACUGAACGUAGAAAUGAAUUAAGAAAUGAUUACGGAAAACGCUCUACUUUAAAUAAUGUGGGCCAAAGUUCAACCGCUAAAGAUAUCAAGGCACACGAUAGAGAAAGUGAACAUAGAUUCAAAUCAUUCGAGAGAAACACAACACAGAGAAGAAAUGAAAACGAACGAGGUUGGAAAAAUAGAUCACGGAAUCCCAAUUUUGACGAUGAUUUGCGAAAAACAAUUGAACGAUGUGAACAAAAUAUAAGGCAAAGACAUAUGGAGCUUGAGAGGCAGCAAGGUUUUGCAAAUGAUAAGUUCAGAAAUUACAAUAACUCCACUGAUUUGGUAAGAAGGGAUACUAAGUCCACACGUUCGCCAUCCAAUUCUCGUGAAAGAAAUGUUGAAAGAUCCAAAUUGCAACAAAGAUCUAGAUCCCGUUCCCACCAAAGCCGUGUUAAUGAACACAAAGUGUAUGAAAAAAAGUCGCGCUCUCGUUCUCGUGAAAGAAAUUCAAAUAGAAAUAAAAUGCUUCAACAAUUCCAAUCAAAUGACAGGAUUGUGAACAGAAACAUAAUGCAGGGAAGAAAAUCGCCGGCACGUUCUUAUGAGAAUCAAGCAGAGAGAUACAAAAUUAAUGAAACAAUAACUCGAUCACGUUCUCGCGAAAAACAGGAAUACAGAUUUAGACAGAAUGCAAGAAAAUCACGUUCUCGUGAAAAGCAAGCAAGUUCAUAUGCACGGAUUCAAAGGAAGUCUCGAUCACGUUCUGGCGAGAAACAAGCGGAUAGAAUUAAAAUGAAUGAAAAAAAAACCUUAUCACGUGAGCGACAAACAGAUGGAGUUAAAACGAAUCAAAGAAAAUCUUCUCGUUCUCUUGAGAGACAAGUAGAUAGAUUCAAGGUGGAUCAAAGAAAGUCAUCACGUUCUCGUGAGAGACAAGCAGACAAACACAAAGUUAAUCAAAGAAAAUCACGUUCACGUUCUCGCGAGAAACAAGCUAAUUCAUGUACACGUGAUCAAAGAAAUUCCGGAUCACGUUCUCGUGAGGCACAACGGGAUACAUUGAAGCAAAGAAAAUCACAAUCACGUACUCGUGAUAGAAUUGCUGUUAAGAAUGUAACUAAUUCACAGGAAAAAAGUCGCGAUAAGCAUGAGAUACCCAUUAAAAGACAAGCAAAUGGCGUAGAUGGACAUGGUGCAUCGCCAUCUCCUACAAAACGUAAACGUUCUAAGUCGAUAGAACGUAAACCUUCUGUUAAUGCAGCCGAUCGUCUGGACACUCGCGCUGCUAGGUUUGAAGAAAGAAAAAUUAAAAAUCCUUUCAGUAGCGAAAAUAAUACUAAAAAUCAAGAGAAAAAAAUGCUACAAGUAAACAAUAGAAGCCGCCGCUCCAAUUCAAGAGAGAGAAAACCUCGUUUAAAGUCAGCGGAUCGUCAAAGUCGUACUCAAUCCAAGGAAAAUGCAGAAAGUAACACUCGCAGUAGCAAUGAUAACAAGCGCCAUAACGAUACCAAACGCACCACGGUUGAGAUGAAAAAGCAGUCUUCAGCCUCACAUGAAAAGUAAAGCACUGAGAAGAAAUACUAGGUCACAUACAACACACCUCGGUUCCUGUCAUUGUUUGGAAGAUGGAAGAUACAUCAUUUCACUUUACUAUUGUUUUACACAUAAAAUUAUUUUUUUAAUUUAAUUAAAAUUAAUAAAUUUUAUAACAAAACAUCAAUUCCU